UAUCAGUGCCCAUCAGUGCCAUGUGCCAGUGCCCAUCAGUGCCACAUCAAUGCCACAUAUCACUGCCUUUCAAUGUCACAUAUCAAUGCCAGUCAGUGCCACCUAUCAAUGCCAAUCAGUGCUGCCAAUCAGUGCCACCUAUCAGUGCCAGUCAGUGUCGCCUAUCAGUGCCAGUCAGUGCCGCCUAUCAGUGCCAGUCGGUGUCGCCUAACAGUGCCAGUCAGUGCCGCCUAACAGUGCCAGUCAUCAGUGCCGCCUAUCAGUGUCAUGUAUCAGUGCUGCCUUUCAGUGCCCAUCAGUGAUGCCU